AUGGGCAAUUUCGGUAAUGACUCCUCUAUCGAAGGAGAUGUCUAUGUCCAGCGGUUGGCCACUUAUAUCCGGAAAAAUGAGGAGGCUUUGGCGAACGGGCUUCUCUGUUUUCUGAAAAGCAGGGGCAGUUCGAAAGUCAAGCCUCUCAGGAUGACCUUUACCAUUCACCACUUGUACUAUAUUACCGAGAGAAUUGACAACUCUUCACUUGGGGUCGAUGUUGGCCCCCUUAACAUCAAGUUGGAUACCCCGAACCACGAACCCACAUUCAUUUCCUUCAUGGCAAAUAACGCCAGAACACAGAGACAGUUUGAAAGUGAUGCCCGGUCGAUCACGUCGAUAAAUUCUGUCAAAUCUAUCGUGUCCAGCGCCUCGGUGUAUUGGAGAUCUUUCUCGUUUAGCAAGGAUCCGAAGAUCAUACAAAGGGACAUCAAAUACUUGUAUUCGUCAUUUACCAAGAUACCUUGCUUAAUAUUGUCACCCAAGACAAAAAUCUACAGUAUCUCGGGCUAUGAAGAAUAUCCGUGUGAUACCCUGGUCCCUUUGAAGAUGUUCAAGAACCUUCAGGUGCUAGAGUUGGUGGAGUAUGAACCUAAUGAGCUAUUUGGCUGGCAUGUGCUCAGUGAGCAAUUGAGAAUACUUAUAAUACGGAAUUCCAAGGUCUCGGAUUUGGCACUGAUCCUUUUCGCUUUGGUCGUUGACGACGAGAAUGGUCGUUCCUCAUUCAGUAACUCACGCCAGUCUAAACGCCACGAACCACCAUUCCUCCAUGACACAGCAGAGACAGGCCCUCAUAAGCAUCACCACCCACGCAGAGAACGGGCUUUCACUGCGUCCGCGAGCGUGCCAUCUCAUCGUGAUCUGUUCCUCGCAGAUUCCACAUUCCCCCUGUCUACCGACUUGGCCUUCACCGCAUCCGCUCAUUCCCUUGAGCGUGAAUAUGCCGCUUUACCCGAGUCAAAGUGGUUUUACUUACGUCAACUCACUGUUUCAGAAGGUUCAAUCACAUCCAUCCCAGCAUUUGUCUUCAAGCCGCUAACGAAUUUGGUCAAGUUGAACUUGGCCAACAAUUUGCUUGAAGAGUUGCCUCCAGGCCUAGAUCAGCUUACAAACGUGAAAUAUUUGAACUUCGCUGACAAUUACAUCACUUCAUUGCACAAUUUACCCGCAAACCUCAAAAAUCUCACGACUUUGUCUCUCAACAACAACAAAAUCACUAAUAUAGACGGCAUCGAGAAGAUGGAGAGUUUGGAAAAGAUCGACUUGCGGAGAAAUAAGCUUGGUUCAAUCGCUCACUUGCGUCCGCUCAUAAAUCUAUUCAAAAUUGAGGGUUCCAAGCUUGGCAACAUAUUCGUUUCGAGCAACCCUCUACCGAAGACGUACCGUGCAGACCUUUUCAACCUAUUCAACGGUGUGAGGUCACCCAACAACAUGAAAAUAGAUGAUUCUAGACCUGGCUACUUCGAGAACGCUCUAUUGUUAGAUCGUGAAGAAGCCGUUAGAAAGUUGAGGAAGUUUUUAGAGCCAGAUGCACCUGAGACGAAAUCAAAGAGCGCUAGAGGCUCCACUACAGCGACAUCUGCGAACGGUACAAUCACUCCUAAGACACCUGACAGUCCUACUACUCAUCGCCAUACCCAAUCCAUUGGUAAUGCGAGUGAUCUCGCUCAAUCAGUAAGACUGCUUGAUAUAAAGGGUCUUGAAUUAAGCACAGUGCAGCAAAAGCAUUCCAGCCAGAUCACCACGAAAUCCACGAAGACUCCAAUGACUCCUCCUAACCUCAACAACCAGUCACAAUACUCAACGAGCAAGUUCUCGAGCAUGACAAGACACUCAUUUUCUCCCCCAAUGCUCCAUCCCAACGGUUCUGCGGCGACUCUCAAGAGCUCAACCACCUUGAGUAGGAUCGACUUGGAAAGCACUGGUGUCAACAACCCAGCACCUAAUGUCAUUACACCUGUUCAAGUACAGGUGGAGGGUUUCCAAUAG